GUGGCGUUGGCCAAUGGGGGGGCGGGCUGCCCCGGGGGCGCGCGGGGAUUGGUGGCGCGGACGCACGUGGCGGGCUGUGGCGCGCUCAGGCCUCGUGCGGCGGCGGGCCGAGGCAAGGUGAGGCGGCGACGAUGAUGAUGAUGGCGGCGCGGGAGACGGCAAGGUUUUUAAUGCAGCAGUGGGAAUUUACUCUCAAACCAGCUCAGCGGAGGGAGCAUUGCUGGAUUUGUGGCAGGCCUCGCAAGUGUCAGCUUCCCCUUUCGGACGCAGAAAGAGGCUCCUGAGGCCGGUGUGUUUUAGGAGUGCGGUGCCCCAAGCAGCGGCUGUCGGACGCUCGGUACGAGAAGAGCUGCCACUAGACGGCACUGUGGCAGCAGCUCUCAUCUGAAUCCACGCAAACAGCGGCCCAAAUUUGGGAGGACAAGUGGCGUACUUAUUGCAGCCUGGGAAGCAAGGCCUUGGCGGGGAGCGGGCGAGACGACGGAGCCCCUGAACUAGCUGCAUAACCAGAGGCGUCGAGCGCCGAGGUUGGGGCUUCCUCGGAAGCCAGGAUGAGACUCCCCACGGAUGCAAAGCAGACCUGCAUUCUCUGACAUGGCACCAGUCCACCAGGGCCCCAGCGCGGGGCUGGAGCCGUGCCACCUGCGGAGGAUUGGCCGCAAUGCUUCUGUCCCUGGAGCCGCUGAUAUUCUCCACUUUUAUAAUGCUGUGACGCUCAUUGGUAGAAACAGAGAUGUUGUGGACUAUUUCAUCAGCUGUCCCACCACAAAUGGAGGAGAUUACAUGUCCCGCAUCCAUGCCAGAGUGAUUCGAACUGCUGGUACUUACCGACUCGUGGAUUCCAGCCUGACGGGCGUGUAUGUCAACGAUGUUCGAAUCAAUGGUACAGUGAUCUUACAGGAAGGAGACACGGUUAUCUUCGGGCAUCCUACAGGCGAUGGUAUAUGGCCUGGAGUGCAAGUUCGACAGCCCAACUCCGAAUUCUACUUCCUGUUUGAACGUUGUUCCUGCCGCACAUGUGAUGAGCUACAGAAUUCGCUACCACAGGUUCAGUCACCACUGCUAACAUCUGCUGAAGUGCCACAAGUGUUCAUCUCUAGCAUCGGGGCUGAAAACAACCUUGGCCUUUCUGUCCUGCCUUUGGCUUCUCAAACGCUCCCUCGCAGUGCAAGCGCUGCGUCUGAAUCUCACGUACGCUGCGGUGAGACGCAGCCUCCCGCAGUCUCGUCUUUGCCAUUAACGUCAAGGGACUCGGUUCUGCUUCCAGCUAAGUUUUUGUUCCGUGCAAAUUCUCACGGUGUGUCUUCGGACCAGUUAGAGUUACCAAGGUCACCUGGAUCAGCUGCAACACCAGACACGUCACUGGAUGGCUGCACUAGGAUGAUGCCGCUGCCUGGACGUUCUGCUUCGCCUGAGUUUGAUGUUAUUAGGUGGAGUCCAGCCGACACUGCAGAGUCUUCUCGGCAGCGCACCUUCGAAAUUGCACAGUCCCCUUCAACUCUGGAAAAUGCUGGGCAGAAAUCGGAACGAAUUGAUUGCAGUUUUCUCUGUGCAGAACCGGGUGGGGGCCGGGCACCCACAUCGGGGAGCGUGCCACGGGCUUACAAGCCAUCCCUCGCUGAGAACCGGGACACUGAUGAGAUGGAAGUGGAGCCAUCUCCGUGUCGGGUAGAAGACAUUCUGGAGACAGAUGCCAGUGACUCCAGUGGAGGAGAAGUGCUUCAAGUUGGCCUGUCUGAUAACACUCAAGAGCUUCCAGACUCCUUCCACCCAGAACAUGGAGACAAGGUUGUUCCUGAGCUGCGGGUCCCAGGAGCUGAGCACUCGGCGCUCAGCAGCAGCGGAGGCUCGGCCGACAGCGAGGAAGCAAUGGAGAUGGAUGAUAUUAAGGAAACAACUAAAUCUGAACUGUCUGAGGCUUCAGCAUCUGGUACUCCAGUGCAGGUUACAGAGGUGACAAACGAAGCUAGGAGCCACGUGCUACCAGUUAGCGAUCACGAGAAUUUAAUGGGAAAGGAAGGGUCAAUGGAAGAACAGGAAGAGCCCCUUCUGGAGCAGCCCAGACUCGAUAGUGAAGUGCAUGGAAGCCCGUGUUCAACAGCAGCUCUUGUGGAGUUGGGAACUUUGGAGAAAAAGGAGUGUCUGUAUGUAAGGAGCUCCUCGGAGCUGGCUCUCGUUGAAACAGAAGGCGGUGAAAGUAUUGCAGUCAGCGAAGUCCUGGAAGACGUUGCUUUGGGUGAAGAUCCAGGUCACAGUUUGCCAGUGAAUGACCUUGUAGAUGCUGAUGGCGCAGCCUGUGUGGAGGAGCUGGGUUUGCUUUCUGGCUUGGAUGGCAGUGAAAACGCCACUCAGGAAGCCAGCGUCCCGUUUGUACCCGGCACAGAACUUUCCCAUGAUGAUCUGCGUCCCGAGAUGCAGAGCGAGCCCUGCAAAGCCACACUGACUUCUAUCUUAAAAGAAAGCAGCCUUGUGCCCAACGAGAGAGAGGCAGAAAUGCAAGAAAAUGGUAAUAAUGUCAUAGAGAGCGAUAGUGAUGGCCCGCUAGCUGACACAGAAUUAAGCUUGGAAACAUUAAAGAACAUCUCACAUCUGGAAACUCAGAAGCCUGCAACUGCUUUAGAUGUUCAAGAGCCAGCUGAAUCUAUCACUGAUAAAAUCGCAACCACAUCAGACAGAGAAGGGGAAGAAAUACGCAGAGACUGUGCUUUGGAGGUGAAGUUGCAAAACGCUGUAGAUAGCAGCCCCGUGCUUUUGGAUACUGGAAUAAUUAACCCGGAGGAUCAGAACUCUUUUCAUGCUCCUAAAGCCGUGAUGCCGGACGCAGCAAAAGUAAUAGUGCUGUGUUUGGAGGGCCAUCGGCUUCCUGUUAGAGUCCCAGUUGAUGACAACGAGCUUCACCAUGGUGCUGCCUUGUUCCAGAGCCGUGGUCUUGAACGAGAUGUCCCCGGCGCGGGCAGGACAGGGGCUGUGCAGAGCCUGGACAUGGCUCAUUCAGGCGAGGAAGAAUCAUCGGCAGAUCCUCUCGUGGUAACAGGCACGCUUGUGACUAAGAUAGCACAAAGCACUGCGGUUUCCACAGCUGCAGAGAACCCACCUGGCUUGGGCUGGCAUGCACGCACGCCUUCCAGAGACCAGCUUGUAUCUGCAGAGAUGUCUUGUCAGGAGUGUCCUAGUGAAGAUGAAGAAGAGUGUGAAGCUCUUGGAUCUGUCAGGAGUUCCACUGAUGAAACAGCGAGCCGGGAAGUCGACACCGAGCCCUUGACCCGCAGUGAAACACAGCCUGCGGCCGAAGCGGAUUCUCGCCAAACAAAUACUUCUGCUUCUGUUGGUUUCAAUGCCGCAGCACGUGUCGAGUCUGGAGGUUUUCAGUUAGACCCUCCAUAUAGACCUGCAGCGCGGCGUACGAGUGAGGUGACAAAGCAGCUUAGCAGCGACGUGGGUUUCAGUAAAACCAGUGUGUUUCAAGUAAGUGCUGCUCUAGAACGUGAUGAACCGUCGCCCACCUGUGCCAGCGACACGUCCCUAGAGAUGGAGAGCUGUGAUGGGCCCGGAGAUGAAGACUGCCGCAGAUCAAGGAGAGAGUCCUUAGAUGUAGAGACCAGGUUAUCUUCUGUUACAGACUGGGUAGAAAUAUCAUACGCAGAAGUGGGAACUCAGACAACGCUGAGACAGGAGAGGGAAGUGGAUUUAUUGGCGACACAGUCUUCUGAAGAUGAGCACAGGAGUGGGAAGGCAGACCCUGGUGUCGACGAGGAAGAGGAAGUCUCCAGGUCCCUGGAUACGAAUGUGUGCCCCCAGUCACUUCCAGCGGCGCAUGAAGGAACUAUACAGAAUGAUUCAAGUGAAAAUCCCUGGGGAGGAUCUUCCCCACAGCCAGAGCUGGGUUUUGCAGUGUCUCCGGAACGAGCUCAGCAAAAUUUCUCUCCGGAUCCCUGCACAAAAGAGACGGCAUUUGCAGAUUCAAGUUCCCCCGUUAAAGGGAAAAGUGCAGAAGGGAAACUGGAAGAAGCCAUGAGUCCAGAGGCCCCCAUGGAUUUAAGCGCAGGCCUUCCUGAAGACUGUCAAGUGCAAGGUGACAACUGCACCGUGGAGGAGAAGAGGUGGCAGAGGAAAGGCCAGAUCCACCUCUUCCCCGUAGAAAAAGAAUUGGGAGAAAAUGCAGACAUCAGCAGAUCUUUUCCAGCGGUUGAAAUCCCUGUAAGCCAUGCUGUGGACUCCAUGCAUGAUGAUGAUGAUGGUGGGAUGAGCGAGGGUGAGGGGCAGGAAUUGAAAAAUCCCUGCAGACUGACACAAGGUACAGUAUCGGGGGGCAUGCAUCUGGAUCACGCGCUCAGCACCGAGAGUCCGUUUCCUGAAGAGACAGAGGAAGAUGGUGUUGAAAGCAAGGAGAGCACAAGAGUGUCCGUAGAGAGGCAGGAUGCAGGCACAGCCACGAAAGACAGCAUCGCUGAGCAGCAGACAAAUAUAGAAAACCAAGGCUUAGAUCACGAGAGAGAGAUGACGGGAAGCUCACGUGAUGGCCAAAUGAAUCUGAGUCAUGACGAUGACAUAGAUGUGCCUGUAGACGGGCUGGAAGGGGAAAGCGCUUGUUACCUGCCCCAAGUGGAGGGAGGAAAAGCAGAUGGCCUUUCUUCACCAGACCUAUCCGAACACGCUCUUCCAGCAGCAGAAAGAAGUCCUGACUUCAGCGAUUGUUCCUCUUUCCGUGUGACUAAAGGGGCCGUAGGGAACAGUCUGAAACCUGUUCGUGAUGGCACCCUGUCUCAGCAGGACACCAAGAAUACAGAUGGUGAUGUAGAGCUGAACAGCGAAAAUAGAGUUGAGGCAUCCAGCCGUAAAUGCAGUGCAACACCUGAAACAGCAGAAGAGGACAAAGGGGAACCCAGGCCCACCCAGGCCCAUUUCACUGGACCUGUUCUAGGAGAACCAAAUAAUUACCCAAAAGAUAAUGGGAACUUGUGUGUAGGCCGCCUCCACUUGGAUCUCCAGCAGCAGUGUACUGGUCAUGGCCAGCACGAGCCUGGUUCUGGUGCGAUUCAGUCUCAGCAGCUGGAAGGAGACGCGGAUUCAAAGCCCAGAGACGGUCCUGUAAAGCCACCUCUCUCUCCAGAAGACCUCGCAGCGGAGAAGUUACACGAAGGAAACAUGACUGCUGAGAGCUGGACAGCACGAGGGCUGGAAAGAGGUAACGAUAGCACUGUGUGCCGAGAGGUCGAUGAAACGGAGCGGCAAGCUCCCGAAUCAGGUGCACAGCCCCGCAGCGUGGAUGAAAACGAUUGCGCACGCGGGGCGCAGCAUCUUGCAUUUGAAGAGCUGGAACCUGCCAAAGGAAAUACAGCUGAAAACAUUGCACAGGAAACGGAGACUGACCUUGAGGAAGUGCCGGAGUCAUUCCACGCGGAGGAGUGUAGCUUGCACUUCUCUGACCCUGAAAAGGAAGAAAAGGAGAGCGUGAGGAUGAUGGAGGCAGCUGAGCUGCAGGGGGAUGGAGGCAGCAUCCCACAGGACAGGAAUACUGUUGUUUCUGAGCCAGCAAGUGUUUCUAAUGCCAUUAUUUCACAUCCUGACCUGCACUGCAAACCAACUAAAACCCACUGUGACAAAAGCACUGGAAUCGAAUCGAAUCUACGUACCGAGAUGUCAGCAGAGCAGGGUUUGGAACGAAAAGACAGUUCUCGUUGUGAUGCUGCACGUGGUCUAAAGGAAGCCAGACCUGUUGCACCCGACCAUCUGAGCAUGUGUUUAGCGACCGGUGAAGACUUCACCCACUUAAUAAAACACCCAGGAGACAAAGAGACCCAGACAGCUGCAGAACAUGCUCUUGUCCCUCUAUGCCCUGCUUCUGAUCCCUGCAUCCCAGGAAGGCAGACGGAGCUGGAAGCCGUGGAGAGUCCUGUAGAUGUUGGCUUGGAUAAGCAAGGUGCGGGCUGUUCAGAUGAACUUGCAGGAAAUGCUGAUUCUAGUGUUAUCCAAACUGGAACGAGUCUAGAUGAGGUUCAGCGGGAUAAAGAUCAAAUCCUCGGUGGUUUCACUGAAGAACCAGGCACCGGAGCUCUAGCUGCACCUCUCAGCUCCUUAAAAACUGUUAAAGCUUCUCCAGCAAGUGGAUCACUGGCCAGUCUCCCUCCAGAAGAAGAUGGGCGUCCCCAGGAAACAGGACGAAACAAGCAGGUGUUUCAGCACCAGCAAAGCCAAGACUCGGAGCCCCUGAAGCCCCGCGCAGAGGUAGACCAGCCUGCAGGCACGGGUGGAGGCGUGAGCACUUCAGAGCCCGGCUUUACCAGCAGAUCAGACUCUCACGACGCGACAAACGACGGUUCUCAGAGUCAAGCGUCGAGCAGCGAGAGCUCUGCCAGAGCCUUAAAAAGACCCAUUCAUAGAAACGGAAGCUUUGGACCCCUGGGUUGUGGGGGUGACCCAAGGUCUCAGGAGACACGCCGCCCUUGGGGAUCUGUUUUAGUCCCUGAGCGUGACCUGCCCAGUCCUGAUGUCACCUUGCUUUCUAUUCCCUGUGAUUUCAAGGACCGGCGUAGCUGGCGUGCUGGCAAUGGCAUUAGGCAGCCCGUUAAGGAAUACACUCAUCAGUCAGCUCAGCAACAUGAUGGAGUUGAGAGAGAAGACAUUAAAAACACUAUUGCCCAAUUAGUGAGGGCAGUUUUUAGCAAAACAAGCAGCUCUAAUACCCCAGUGGACAUGGAGGCAUUUGUGCCACUCACUGACGGAGGUGUGACAAAAAGCAAAGACGGCGAAUCCACCAGUGACAGUGGUCUAAGUAAUGGCCAAAGCAGUCUGCCUUCAGGGUCAAGCCUGGACAGUGAAUGGCCACCUGCAUUUGCGUCCGAGUCCCAGAGAUCCACUCCCGAUGCUCUGUUCGAGUUCACCGAGCGUGCUGCGAGCCCUGCCGAUUCCUGCACGGACACGCUAGAAGAAGACUUAGCACACGAAACUCCUGAAAGCCCGCGCGCCGAUUCUGUCUCGGAAGAGGAAGAGUUUCAGUCCCGGUUGUGUCUAGAACUGGGUCAUGGAGAUCUUCCUGAUGGUUCUCUCCCAAAGUCGCCUGUUGCGGAGAGCCCCCAAGUCAGACCCUCAGACUUCAUAUUCUCUGACAUAUCGAACAGUUCUGUGGGCAGUCUUCAUUUGCAAGCCGACCCAGAUCUGAGCAGUAGCAGCGCUAGUGCGAGACGUGGCGAUGGGCCCCACGAAGGGAUGUGCAGCAAUGGUCGCAACGCGGCUGAGGCCGAGGCGCGGACAGAUGUGGCAUGUAGCUCGGCAGAAGACGCGGCCGGGGCUUGGAGUGAAGACGCCCUUCCCGUUUCAGAGCUUGCUCCAGCGUCGAGACAGAGCAGUUGGUGCAUUAGUCCCUCCAGCUCUGAUGACUCUGCUGAAAGCAUCGGGGACCAAAAAGACCUGCCGGCACGGCUUCAAUCUGAGGCUACAUUUAAUAACGCAGGAGACUUUUCAGCUCCUGGCUCAGGUGUGAAUUCGGAUGCUGGGGAUAAAUCCAGUUUGCAGCAGAUAAUCUCAAAGGAAGAAACCGACACCAAAGAAAAGGAAGGCCCCGAAUCUGACGGUUGCCGUGUGCCUCGUGGUGAAAUCUUCCUUCAGACAGAGCCCGGGUGUUCUCCCUGCCAAGAAUUAGCUCCUGAAGCCCCGGUGAGCCAGAGUGCAGACCCCCCGGGACGAGAACGAGUUGGAUCCAGUGUAGGAGCAGAGGGUAAUUCCCAGAAUCAGUUAAAAAGAAAGCGGGACCCCGAGGAGCAUGGCAGUAAGAGUGGCAGAAGCAGGCUUUCCCCUCCCUCCAAACUGCAUCCCCUUGAUUUUGCCAGUAGCUCAGAGUCAGAAAAUGGCGAGGUUGCAAGUCACAGAGGAACUGUCGUGUGCGACUCUGGACCCUGCAGCUCUUCUCAAGCAAACCUUUCUGCCAAGGCCACCCAAACCCCAUCCAGACCUGCAGCCAGGACCUCCGUCUUGCUAAAGAGCUCAUAUUUGCCUCUCCCUACUUCUCCAGUCCACGUACAGAGUCCUCAGAAGGCCAGAGACUGUGCUGUGAGCGUGUAUGUCCAGACAUCUUAUUCUAGCAGACAAGAGGACUCCUUCUACUCUAAACUGCCUUGUCGUGAGACAGCUGAUUCUGUGAUGGAGGCUAACAGAGGGGAUGGAAGAGGCGAUGGAGAGGAGGACUUCAAUGAAGACGACCAGUUUGGAGAUGCUAGUGGAAGGCAGCAGAAAGGGGAAGGGCAAGCUAACCUCUGUGAUGACAUGGAAGGAAGAGUUGUUCCCGAGCCUUGUAUCCCGGUGGGAACGAGAGGCCCCAGCAACCCGCAGGUGGCUGAGCUUAGCAGUCCGAGACCCUCAGAAUGGGAGGAAGUCGAAUUCUCUUGGUCAGCUUCGAACAGUCCAGCUUGCGUACCUGCAGCCGCCCCUGGCUUCAACGAGGAAAAGCCGCAGUGCUCCUUACAAUCGGAGACUUGUAGGGGUGCUUCUUAUCUCAGCUGGGGUGUCAAGGAGCAUCCUUUAGUCCUUUCUCCAGAAAUCCCAGCUUUGCACAACCAUGGCACUAGGGAGACCACCGCAAGCUCCCUGCCAGCUGCUUCGUUUCAAGCAAACGCUGCUUCAGAUCUUAGGGAGGUGUCAGCGGGAGACCAGCUCUUCCUUCCUUACAAGCUCGAGGCGCUGGAGGUCAGCCAGCCGACUUCAGAAUGUGUGCGCUGCUCCGAUGAGGAGGCUUCCUCUUGUUCCAGAGACGUUGAUGAAGACAUGCAAGAGUUCCCGGACAGUCCCACAGUGUGUUCAAAUGCUCACGACCUUUCCUCUGAGACUAAAAAUCUGGAUGAUGUCUCCAAGGCUGAGAACUCUACCUUAAAAGCAAGUGUAAGCGAUGCAAGCUGGAUGGAGAGGGAAGUCCAAAAAGACUGGGCUUCCUCGGCAGGGGACAUUGAGAUCCAGCUGCAGCAGUGUGAGGCCGUGCUGGAUGAAAUUUCCCAGGUCCUAGGUGUUGUUGAGGGCAUUGAUGCAGAGCACAUGGAGAAAUGGAGAGAACAGAUUGAAAAGCUGCGGAAAGACACGAAAAUGCCAAAGACCUACAUUGCAGUGGUGGGGAACACGGGGGCUGGGAAAAGCAGCCUGCUAAAUGCUUUGCUGGACGAGGAAGCCGUGCUGCCGACAUCUGCCAUGCGAGCCUGCACGGCUGUGGUGGUGGAAAUCGCCAGGACCUCUGGGAAAAGUCCGUACGAAGCAGAUGUGGAAUUUCUGUCUAAAGAGGAGUGGGACAGCGAGCUGAAGGCCCUGCUGGAAGAUAUGAAAGACAAAUCUGGUAACCUGAAGAAGCGUUGCCCAGAUCGCAAGACAGAAGCGGGCGCUGCCUACAGUCGUGUGAAGGCCGUCUACGGGAUGGUAGCAGAACUGCCGCGGCUGAAGGAGAUGCAGGAGGUGACCCAGCAUCUCGGGACGGUGAAACACAUCUCUGCAGAAAAGGCCACAGAUUUUCGCACAAAAAUAGAGAAGUUCAUUGACUCUCGGACAGACAGUCUGCGUGACAUGAAAGGCGGUGAAUUCUGGCCAAUUGUGAAAUGUGUCAGGAUCCGCGUUCCCGACACCGAUGUGCUGAAGACGGGGGCCGUGCUGGUGGACUUGCCGGGCGUGCGGGAUUCCAAUGCAGCCAGAGACAGUGCAGCCAAAGAGUAUUUAAAGAAUUGCAAUGCAGUCUGGGUAGUAGCCAACAUCAACAGAGCUGUGGAUGACAAGACUGCCAAAGACAUGCUGAGCGCCAGCCUGCGGAGACAGCUGCUCAUGGAUGGCCAGUUCGGGAGUUUAGCAUUCAUCUGUACGAAGACUGACAGCUGUAACGUCCCGGAAAUAAUCAGGGACCUAGAUUUAAGGGACGAAACGCAGCCUAUCGAAGAGGCGGUAGGACAGCUGGAAGAGCAGCGAAUGCAAGUGGAAAUGGAGAAGGAAACCUUGUAUGCUCAACUCCAGCAAGAGCAAAGGCAGGGACGUGAUGCAGAAACUCGGACCCAGACAGAAAACGACCUGAGGAAGCAGCUCCUGGAGAGGGAGUUCAGAGUCAGUGCCUUGCAGAGGGAGAAAGAGGCGAAGCUUCGUGCCAUUAGUCUGAUCUGCGUCCAGGCGCGAAAUAAGUUUUCCAAGCAGCAGAUAUGUAUGGAUUUCAACAGCGGCCUUCAGAAAAUGAGAAGGAAAGCAGUGUGCGAGGAGGAUGAGGAUGAAGAGGAGAUGGAGGACGAGGAGUUCAGCACCGUAGAUGCAAGGGACCCCAGAGAAGCUGGAUCCAGGCAGCGUCAGCUUCAGGUUUUCACAGUCAGUUCCACGGAGUAUCUGAAGCUGCACGGGAAACUGCUCCGAGACGGGCAGCCCCAAGUCUUCCACGAUGACGAGGACACGGAAAUCCCAGCCCUGAAGAGCUUUGCCAUUCACACCGCCCUGCAACACAGCAUGGUGGCAACGGAGAAGUUAAUCCGGAGCCUGUCUCGUGUCAUAAGUCAAGUGGUUAAUUACCUGACCAACCAGAGAGCGGAGGACAAUUCUCACCGGGCGCAGGUGCAAGAGAUCGUGCAGGAGUGCUUGUCCCAAGUGCCCGAGCUCCUUCAGAAAGUAGUGGAAGACAGCGUCCAGGACAUCGAGCGCGACUUCUCUCUCAUCCUCUCCAGCCUAAAGAAGGGAACAAGAGAGGCAGAGGAGUGGUGUGAAGACACUGUUAGACACUGGGGGUUGCCUAGAAUUGGCUACCCAUAUGCCACGUACCGGGCCGCGUGCGUUCGUCAAGGUGUCUAUGGCUCUGUUGCCUGUGGGUUUAUUGAUUUCAAUGAGCUGCUGGCAGAGCCGAUGUACAGUGCAAUCUCCACGUCCUGGAGCGAUGUCUUCAGCGUUAGACUGGGGGAGAGCAUCAAGCAGUUCAGCAGAGCCAUGUUGGAUAGGCUGAAAUACUUCUUCAGGGAUCUCAAGAACAAACUCCAGGAGAAAGGCAGAGCCACGGAGCCAGUGAACGCCAUUCAGAGGCAGCAAAGGGAGGCUGCCCAGGCCUGGCUGCACAACUUCAUCCUGGAUCAGGUGGACUACAUCAGCAAGAGGCAGCGGAGCAUCUCCCGUGUCCUGAUACCAGAAGUCCAGGCUGGCAUGAGACCCGUAUAUGCAGCUUGCAGGAAAGUGGCUGGUCCUGGCGCCUUCCAGGUGAUGAAAGCUCAGAUGCAGCAGCACGUCCACCAGCAGAAGGAGACCUUGUUCCGAGGCGCUGCCAAGAAGUUAGAGCACCAGCUUCUCCUGCUGCAGGAAUACAUCCGUGCUUCCUUUGAGUGCUCGGUUCAGGAGCUGAACAAGUCCCUGGCUAUGCAGUUUGAGCCGAUGCUGAAGCCUGUCCAGAAAAAUGACGGGAUUAUUCCAGAUCUAGUGAACAUCUGUGCCGAAGUCAAGAAGAUCUGCAAGAUGUCCUCUGUGGAUUACGUUCUUCCCAACCCCUGCCAGAUGGAGACUUGUCUCGUGUCUGCCUCCCCUGGGAAGGAUCUGCCAGCACGGAGGCAGCAGCAGGAAGACACAGAUCCUCCCACCUUCUUGGGGGAAUGCAAGCUCAUCCGUAUUGGGACGUGGUCAUCGUCUUACCCUGCUCCCAUUCAGAUAUCUGCACAAGAAGUCACUGUGGCUCUACCAGAGAGCACACCCCUGGCUCUGCCGUUCAGCAGCGUGUACCUGUGCGAAUGUAGCUUCUAUCUCUAUUCCUUGAUCCUUCACCUCUCGCGAGAGUGCGCCAGCAACCUCUGCUCCAGAUGGGGAGGCCGGACAUCCAACCCAAACCCAGGGAACCAGGAGACACUCGUCAUAGUCAUACUGGACAAGCCGCAGGACCCGCUGUCGUUCCGACGGCUGAUGAACCGCAUCUCUGCGCAGCACGCUGGCACAUCUUGGUUCCAGGAACUGAGUCUAAAGGAGGGCCGAGAGCGACUGGAAUCGCUGGGAGUGUACUGCACCGUCAGGGAAUUACAAUACGAGGAGGAGGAGGAGGAUGAAGAAAUUACUGGGUUCCCAGAUUCCAGUCUGCCAUCAGACCAGCCUGCCGCCAUCACCCUUGCACACCAGCCCGGGCUCGCUGAGCUGAGCUUGUUCCCCUACGGCAGGAAGAGAGCAGGAGGGGAUAUGCAGUCACAGCCAGAGAGGAAGCAUAGAGUCGCCGUCACAGAGCAAAGCCCGGAAGCAGAGCUUGCCGGCUACCGUCAGCUGAGCCAGCAUAUUCCUGGCAGACUGAUGACCUCAGCCACAAGUGCCACGACAAGCUGUCCACCCAGCACAAGCAGCGAGUAUGGGCCUGAAUACUACAAGGGGAGCAUGGCCUUCUCCCGAGGGGCGUCCACCUCUGAGCUACCGUACAGCUCUAACGCCGGGCCCCGCAGCGAGUCUUCUCUCAGCCCAGCAGCCACGUUCUCCACCGGGGACAUCUCCAGCUCCUUCCAGCCCCCGGUACCUGUGAAGCGUGAAAGAGAGCCCUUCCCCGUCCCCGGUUCAGCAGGGGUCCACGUCCCAGCCGGAAGGGGCGUUUGGGGGAAGUGGCUGGAUCCCAACGCUCCCGAAGACAACAGCAGUGCAGUGGACACAAAGGAGACCGGUAGAAACGCGCCCACUGCAUGGAGCACAGACUAGUCCUCAUAUUACAAAGCCGGCUUUCUGAGCUGAUGACUUUGCACUGAGCACAGUGCCUUUGUACAUGCGAGCCCAGCUCCUUCAGCUGCGCUGAUGGGCUGGAGAAGUGAUACCGGAGCAGGUUACGUGACAUCGUCUUGGACUGGUAAUUGAAUAGCGUUCACGGGGUGAAUGCCGGGCACUGUGCAGCAGCCUGCUUCAUCAGUGCCUUAUUCAGAGUGGAGCGGUCUGCACACUGGGGCAAACAGCACAGCGCUUGGCGCUGAAGUAUCCACUUAGCAAGUGAUUGGAAGUUUAUUGCCACUGAGAGAAAUUACCCAAGCCCGCUGCACACGGGGGUGAUGUGUAUGUGGGACUCCUCCGUCCUGAGGCCUCUGAAUCGAGGAUACAGUCGCCACCCCUCUGCCAUCCAAAGCCGUGCUGCAAAGCAAGGGUUUGGAGUAAGAGGCAAACAAGGCUUCCCCUAAAGGCAUGCAGUCAAAUGCCAGGGAGUCUCUGCAGCCCGGGUGGUACUCCAGCCCGUUUUGGUGGAGGGAAACAUGUUGUGGGGUUCGACUGUGGCUUAAGGCCCUCCAGUCCCCAAAACCAACUGAAACCAAGGGGUGGAAACAGCUUGUCCUGGCUCCUCCUUGGGCCUUUUGGACACAGAUGCCAGGUGCUCAACAUAUAGCAGGGGUGGGAAGGCAGUGAAAACCUUCCAGCUUGGUAGCUAGUGCCACUGAGUUCUGGUUAUACAGGGGUCAUGUUGUUCAUACUUCGUUACUGAUAAAUACACCUCUCGCCUCCGGUCUCCUGGUGAGGUGUAACCAGGAGAUCUGGCUAGGGAGAGCCUGGCCUCUUCGGCGAGAUGGUAAACCCAUCGAGUCUUGUCUCCCACAAGCAGUUUAUUUCUGGGAUUGUGCUUUUCUGUAUCACGCUGCCCAAAAAUGCUAUAUAGGCAGAGAGGCCACGGACUUCAGUGGAGAGAUUCCCAUUGGCUUAUGUGCUCCCUGGAGUGGAUCCCAAGUGAUCAAGCCUGUGGUGAAGACAGAAUCUGCUGUGCAGUUGGGCCUUUGUGGGUCAGGCGUUUGGUUUUGCUGUCUCAAAGCAUCCCUGGCUGCAUUUAGCUUGACGAUGGAGUGAGUCCGUGCCAGGCUGGCCGUGACACAGCCUUCUUCCCCACGCCCAGGUCACAGCUGUUUGGUCUCUAACACCAACGCUGCCUCGCUGCAGGACUAGCCACACAGCCUGCUGCUAAGCGUGCAAGGGCGGCAAAGGUGUCGCAACGUGGGACUCGUGGCUUUUGCUGUAUGCAGGGCUUUGGGGAUGGGGCCGGUAGAUGGCGAGGGGUCUUUCCUUGCAGCAAUGUCAUGCGUUUCCUGCUGUUCCUCGGACGGUGCACCUUGUCUACGCUGCCUUUAGUUUAGCAAAAUAAAACCAUUUAUUCUUCUAAAAAACAA